AUGGCGGCAGGGAUAAAAUACAUCUUUCAGAAGGAACUGUUUGAUGCUUUUGACGAGCGAAUAUUGUCCGUAUGCAAUGUUAGCAAAUUGCACAAAAGAAAAAAAACAUCAUACUUAUGUAUUAUUUCUACGGUAAAGCCAAGUGUCGUAGUCAGUGUUUGCCAGAUCAAGCAAUACGAUAAAGGUGUGUACAAGAAAAAGCGAUCCUGGUCAUUGCAAGAGAUCAAGUGCAUUGAUGGACGCAAUGACGCUGCAGACACUCAUGAUUUCGACUUGAUAAUGGAUAAACCAUUUCGAUGGUUUGCGACUAAUCUGCACGAGAGACAAAAUUUCAUUUCUGUUCUGUGGAAACAAAUGCACAAGUAUUGCACCGUAAGCGAACGGGCCGUGUUCAAAAAUAUCCCAAAACAGUGGCUUUCGGAAAAAUCGCCAGAGAAACAAAUUUAUGAUAAAUACACGAAUCGUGGCAAUGCAUCUCAUGGUGAGGAAGAGGAGGAAUUGGAAGGGUUCGAAAACGAAGAGUUCCAUGCACUUACGGAUAAGGAAGAAGCACACCUUAGUAACCUAAUUGCAGAAUGCGAUUAUGCGAUUAGCAAUGCCGAACUGUUUAUGGAUGAUUUGAGUCACAAUCUUUUACAACUCGACGGUGCCAAUAUCCAAAGUGUGUUGGCUUCCGAAAAGCAAGUGCAAAUGCUAAUGGAACGGAUUGAGGAAGCCAUCAAGGAGGCGGAAAAGGUUGAAAGCAGGCUAGACGACUACGACGAAAUUCUCUGUCACGUACGAGACACAAUGGAAAAGAUGGGAGAGAAGAAUCAAAUGAUUGAGGUUGCAAAUACGAACAAUGUGAGACUGUUGCAGGAACUCGAAAAGGUAGUUACUCAGCUAGAUUUGCCUCAUGUGCAUCAACUUGCUCUCACAGAUACUGAUCUGACGCCGAAAGGUUUACCAGCGGCAAUUGCAGCAGGCAAAGCGCUGCAGUUGGCGAUGAACAGCGACAUCGAACCCGCGCUUUUGCGGCUCACAGCGGUACAGGAUCAACGAAAGCGGUUUGAUAAAUGGAAGGCAAAAUACUCACAAACAAUUAGCCGCCACCUGAAUAAUUUGUUCAUCCACCUCGGCAAUCUAGGCGACUCACAAAUAUCAGUUUCAAACGAAUUGUCUCUACCAAAACACCAUAACGUGCAUAAGGAGUUGUCUGCUUUCACUGAGCUUAUGCACUGGAUGAAAUCUAUGGAUCGUAAGGCUUACGAUGCGCUAAUUAAAGUUUAUACUACUUCUCUAAGCAAAGUUUACGACCGGGAUAUUCAUUUGUUUUUUGAAAGUGCAAAACAAGCACUAACCGUGAAGCAAUUUGAUUCAAAAGAGGACAUCAACAGCAGUUCCAUGAGCAACAAGCUAAAGAUUGGCCCACAAUCAAAUAAACAACCGGUGCAGCCGUAUGGUAUAUUGGGCAUUAACAAAGAAAUGUGGUCCCUGGGGGCUGAACCAUCAGAACGUCAACGAUUUGAUUCUAUUUUGGAAAAAGUGCUUGCCGAACUAGAGCCAGUGGCGUUGAGCGAACAACAUUUCUGCAUUGCUUUCUUUCUACUGGACGUGAUUAGUCCAAUCGGAAGGAAUACGCAAACGACACUAGAUACAGGAAGUAACGAGGCAGAGAACCAAAAGGACGAACGUGACACGGCAUUGCAAAUUCCGCAGCGAAGGCUUGAUCGUCAAAUAAACGAGGAAGUGCGGAGAAUGAUGGGAGAACUGUUUGCAAACCUUGAAUCAGAAAUUAAUAACUUUAUACUCAGUUUCGAAAAGCUGGAUAACUACUAUUCCUUAUACGUAUUGGUGCGCCUUACGCAACAUGUGAUGUCGGCUCAAGAUGCACAAUCAUUCCUGAGCAUGACAUUUGCUUCGGCUCUUAUACAUGUCAAGCGUAACUUUGAUAAAUUUAUGCAGAUACAACUGCAAUCAAUUGAGGAAGCCAAACUCCCGAAACGAUCCAAGUGUGGCCUUUUGCCUUAUGUGGAAAACUUUGAAGAGUUUGCAACAACCGCCGAAAUUAUUUUCAAAAAAACUGCACGGCGCAACGAUCUAGACAAGUGGUACCUAAAACUGGUUGAAGCUGUUUUUGAACGCAUUCCUGUACAUGCCGCGGAACAUUCAAAGACGCCUAAUCAAGUGAUUAAAAUGGAAAACUAUCAUCGUAUGCACUCUACAUUGUCCCAACUAAAAAUUCCAGUGCUAGAGCUGUUAAGGAAGGAAGCGAAGACACGCUACAACGACGCUCAGAAAGCAUAUGUUACAAAAUAUUUCGGUCGACCAUUGGAAAGAUUAAACCAAUUUUUCGAAGGAAUUCAAGUACGAGUUCAACAGGGCGUUAAAGAUACGGAAAUUAGCUAUCAAAUGGCAUACUCCAAGCAAGAGCUACGCAAAGUCAUAAGCCUGUAUCCAGCCCGUGAAGUGAAGAAAGGACUCGAACAACUAUAUAAGAAGGUCGAGAAGCAUCUUUGUGAGGAAGAAAAUUUACUGCAGGUGGUCUGGCGUGCUAUGCAACAGGAGUUCAUAAACCAAUAUAAUUCCUUAGAGCAAUGGAUACAACGUUGUUACGCCGGUUCAAUGAUAACCCUAGAAUUUACGAUUAACGAUCUUUUGGUAUUUUUCUCCGAGAUCGCUCAGUCCCAUUAGCUCUCAGCUGGGUCUG